AUGGCUGAUGAAGGAGGAAUUCAUAAUGUUAGGGCUGAGGAGAGUGAUCCUCCUCCUGCUUUGCUUUUGGACAUGGAAGAAUUCAGGCAAUGGUCUUUUUACAGGGCCAUAAUAGCUGAAUUUGUUGCUACUUUGUUGUUUUUGUAUGUGACAAUUGCCACUGUGAUAGGGCAUGUCCAUAGCAAUGACCAGAAACUCUGUGGAGGAGUGGGUGUAAUGGGAAUUGCAUGGGCCUUUGGUGGAAUGAUUUUUUUGCUUGUGUAUUGCACUGCAGGGAUUUCAGGUGGGCACAUAAAUCCAGCUGUUACAUUUGGGCUGUUACUUGCUAGAAAGAUAUCUGUAAACAAAGCAGUGUUAUACAUGGUGGCACAGUGUGUGGGUGCAGUUUGUGGAGUGGCAAUGGUGAAAGCCCUACAAAGCAGUUAUUACAUUAGAGGGGGGGGAGGAGCCAACAAAGUGGAACAUGGUUAUACGCAAGGAACAGCCUUGAUUGCAGAGAUAAUUGGCACCUUUGUCUUGGUCUACACUGUCUUCUCUGCAACCGAUCCUAAACUUGCUGCUCGCAACUCCCAUAUACCUGUAUUGGCUCCCCUUUCAAUAGGAUUUGCAGUAUUCGUGGUUCAUUUGGCAACCAUUCCAAUUACUGGUACAGGCAUCAACCCUGCUAGGAGCUUCGGAGCAGCUGUUGUUUAUGGUCAUAAACAAUCAUGGGAAGACCAUUGGAUAUUCUGGUUGGGUCCAUUCAUUGGAGCUGCAGCUGCAGCUUUGUUCCUGUUGAUCCUAAUUGUAAAUUUGACAACUAUGAUUCUUCUUCGUUUCCAUGUAAUAAUGGGUCGUUUUAGUGUGAAUGGUUUGUCAAAUAUUUGGAUGUAUUCGUAA